UUUUUAAAAUGUGAAAUUUUAUUUUAUAUUUUAUAUUUUUAUACAUUUAUAAAAAUAACUAUUAGAUUUAUUUCUGAAUACAAUUAUUAUAACUUUUAAAUAACUUUCUAUAUUAUAAUUAGUUUUAAUUGAGUCAAAAUUAAAAGAUUUUUAAUAAGAAAUUUUUAAAACAUUUAAAUACACCGCCAAUAUAUAUGUCGAUAAAGUCAAUGAUUAACAACUGUCGGUAGUAAACUUCAAUCAAUUACGACAAUCGCCGCUAUGUGCGCGUUGCUCUAAGGAAUGUGAUGGCUUGUACUAAGAAGAAAAUGUAAUGAUGAUUCAGAACACGCUUUGGCUCUCUCAACUGGUCUUUCUCGUUUUACACUUUCACGGCCCUUUGGCUGACGCCAUCUUCAAUCGUUUUUUUGUUUAAGUGUCAAUUUUAUGGAAUUAUAUGUUACAUAGUGGAUAUCAUAAAAACGUUAUGAGUGUGAUCAGUGAGUGUAAUGAACGAACAUCGAACUGCCGAUCGUCUAAAUUGAAAUGAUAGAAUGAUCGCGAUAUGAGUUUGCGUCGUAGAUCUAGUCUUCAACCAUCCCUGAAAGGUUGUGAACCAGAAAGGAGUCAUUAGCAGUCCAAGUGUCCAUGUAAAAGUCAUUCACUUGAAUUCUUCCCCUUUGAAGUAUUGUUGGUUAGUUUAUGUGUUGUUUGAUACAUGUGUUUUCUUUUUUAUUUUUCUGUUGCACUUUCGCGAAACACAUUGUUAAAACGAAGAAAAUCGAGUCUCCGUUUAUUGGUUAUGUUUCUUGUAAUCGCCGUAAAUCGCACGCUUCUGUAGCACGUUCCGAGUAGUGAAAAAUUGAAAAUAUAAAGUAGUGUGUGUAUGUAGAAAUAAAAUGCACAAGUUAAGAUUACCUGUCAAGGUUGAAUUGCUGCCCAGUGCUUUAACAAGGAUGGUAUUGGACCCCAAGGUCACGAGUCUGCAUAGUGAUUACGGAAGCUUCGAUCGACCAUUGGGCGCCGGAGAGGGCCACGAGAGGGACGUCGAGGCGGCGGUUGAUGGAAGUAGCAACGGUAUGGCACAGUCGAGCGACGUUUAUCAACGGCAGCCGUUAUUACCUGGUGCACCGACCAAGGGUAAGGAUAAGUGGUCCGGCGUGGCAUCCGGCUCCGACUAUUACGUGGACGACGAAGACGAGAAGAUCGACAGUCUUGGCCGGCAUCCUGGCAUACCAAAUGGCUCCGGGAACGGUGUCGUUAAACUCGACAUACCUGCACCACUUCGGGAAGAACCUCGUUUUCCUAAAGAGAAAUGGAAAACGUUCCUUGCAUUUCUAUUCAUGGUCGUGAACUUCAUAUUAACCACCGCGUCCCUCGCAAUGGUGCACGAACGAGUUCCGGAUCGAAAUACAUACGGACCGCUGCCGGAUGUAGUGUUAGACAAUAUUGCCGCACAGGAUUGGGCCCUUAACGUGUCGGAAGUUUUGAUUAUGAUAUUGUCCAAUUCAGCGAUGGUUUUUAUUAUUUUUCAUAAACAUAGGUUUAUCGUUGUUAGACGGAUAUUUCUUUUGAUGGGAUUGUUGUACAUGAUGAGAAGUAUCACGAUGUACGUGACAGUACUGCCUGUUGCCAGUAAAACAUAUUACUGCAGCCCAAAAGCAAACAAUACCAGUCCUUUACUCGUUACAAAAAGGGUUUUGCAACUCAUUUCUGGCUUUGGCUUGUCUAUAAACGGCAAGCAUACUUAUUGUGGAGAUUACAUUUACAGCGGUCAUACAGUCGUGCUUGUACUUAGUUACCUGAUUAUCAAAGAAUAUUCUCCGAGAAGAUGUCAACCAAUACAUUGGCUAGCGGGCAUUAUUGUUCUUAUUGGGGUGAUUAUGGUCUUGGUAGCUCACGGACAUUAUACCGUAGAUGUCUUUAUAGCAUAUUAUGUAACUACACGCUUAUGGUAUAUUUAUCAUACAUUAGCUAAUAAUUCACAUCUUAAGCAAUACGAACCAAACAACUUUUUGGCCCGACUCUGGUGGUUUCCUAUCUUUAAAUAUUUUGAGAAAAACGUGGGCGGCACGGUGCCACGACAAUACGAUUGGCCUUUACCCUGGCCUCGACGAUUCCUUGCCAAGCACCCUAAUCGGGAUAGUUAAUGUCUGUCUCUGAUUUCAUGAUAGAGGCUGUCAAACAACGGAGUUACUUUGUUGUAAUUUAUGUAUAUAUAUAUAAACAUAUAUGUAUACGUACCUAGGCAUAUAAAAAUAUGAAGAUAAAGCUUUACUAGAAAGUGGUGCGAGAGAUCUGUGUGCAAGUUUUCGUCAUUAUUGAUGAGUAAAUUCAAUUUCGAGAUGUAAACUUGCGGUGUUCACUUCUUUAAGAAAGAAAAGAAAAGAAAAGAAAAAGACAACUAUAACAACUAUAAUGAAAACUAUGAUAAAAAACAUGAACGAUAGUGAAAACAAAUGCUUGUACCGUCAUGUUCGUUAUCGUCCAAUCGCGAAACCUAUUUUUUUCUUGAUUUUGAUACGACUUAUACAUACAAUGUAAGAGGCUAGGUAAAUGAUAGAUCGAGAUAUUUAGUCUCACAAUGAAUUCAUGUAGAGAUGGAGGUAUUCGAAAGUUACCAACAAAGUAGUGUAUAAAAUAAAAUGCUAGAUAUCUCUAUUUUCAGAUACUCCAAAUGUGAAAUACUUAGAUGUAAAAAAAGAAAAAAAAAAAAAAAAAGAAGGGAAUUAUGCUACCGUACCGUAAUUCGGUUAAGUGUAGUAAUGCAAAAACUGUCUUGUUGAACGUAGCAUUAACAAGCAAGAGGCGAAUUUUUUUGUAAUCUUUUUCAUUUGAACAACGAUACGUAUUGGAAAAUUAAAAAUGAAAAAAAAAAAAGAAAAAAAAAAUAGAAAAAGGUGUUGCUUCGAUAAAAAUAAGGUAAAAAAAAUAAAAAAAAUAGUGAAUUUUUGAUUGCCGCGAGACUUUCCUCUGAUUAAUCUGUUCGAAAUAUGUUCUAAUCUUUCAACUUCCAAAUAACCAAAACGAUGUUCUUUGUAUUUACCAUACGGCGGUAUGCCUUAUUCCGAUGAAAGUCAAUCGAAUCGCAAUUUUCGAAUUGUUAAAUCGGUCAAUUAUUAUUCGUUUUCUAUUUUAUAAUUUUUCAUGUCAAUUUUCCCUCGAAAUUGGAGCCUUUUUUUAAACGAAUAUUUUUUAUCGCAGAAGCAGUUAGUGAAAGAUUGGCAUAGUUUUAAAAUUCAACCAAUGAUCGUGCAAUUUCGUGGGACCAAAUACAAAGAGUAGUCGGAAAAUGUACUACUUUUCUAGUAGCGAUCGUGAGUAAUUUUUUUCGUGAUGACAAUAGAAUACUCGUAUAGCCAUAUAUUAAAAAGCUCUCAAAUGUUCAGGUUUUUGCUCUAUUUUUUAGAUCAUGAUUUAUAAGCGUCUUUAUUGGCGUUUUGGCAUCGCAAUGUGUUCUCUUCGAUUGAUGAAAUUUAUCUGCGAUCACACGAUUGAGAAACCAAGUGUAUUACGUGUGCAUGUCAAUGAAAUUCGUAAUUCCUCGGAAUAAGGUCGUCUUUAUAAUCUACACAUACCAGAUGUUGUCACGUACUCGUGAAUGAUAUUAAAUCAUUUAAAAAAAAAAACGUGUUGAUGCUAAUAAAACCUCGGAAGAAAUCUUAUAAAAUAAAAUCUUUCAAAGAAUGUUCUCUAAUAGUUCAUUUUUUGCACGAUUUUAUUUUGUUCUUCUAUCAUCUUAUAAAUUCGCAAAGUAAUUUCUUAUGGAUUCUUGCUCCGAUCUAUUCGUCAGAGCAAUUUUUAAUUUCAUUAUAAUAUUUCUUCAAGAUAAAUAGCACAAAAUCAUAGAAUCUCUACAAUGAAAAGGUGUAAUGGAAGAAUGUUUUAUAUAAAUUUUCAAUUAUUCAAAAAAGAUUGAGAAAUAAUUGAAAGAUAAAAAAAAAAUUGGAAAUUAUUUUUUGUUGCGAUAGAAAGUGUUAAGCUUACAAAGUCUGUGAAUAGUUUAAGUAACAUUGCCGGCGAUUUGUUGUCUUAUGCACAUACGAUUUAUUGUUAAUACUCCUCGUGUAUAAUCCUCGUUAUUCGUUAUACGAGAUGUUUACAUUCAAAUAAUGCAUGUUCGUUUUGGAGUGGAAUGCAAAUAUAACGAUACGGUCGAUGAUCCUAUUUUAAAAAUCUUUUUUUUUUCGACAUGCGCGCGAAGAAAAAACGACGCAAGAAGAAAAAAAAGAGACAUUCGCGACCAAGCGAAAAAAAAAAAUGGUCGCAGCGGGAUAAAUUGAAUGAAAUUUGUUGGCUCUUAUUACUACGUGUAAUUAAGUCUCUUUUCGUCUGUGAUGAUAAUGAAAAAAAAAAAAAAAAAAAAAACAGAUUCGUCGUCGUGAAUUCUUGAUCGUGGAACGAAAUUACAUUCGUGAAACGAUUUAUAUGACGUAUCCAUUAUAGUUAUUAAUAUUUGUUCUUAACUCUCUAUGGUCUGCUUCCUUUACUUAAAUUAACCAUAUAAAACAUUCUGAUUCAUUUCCGGUCAUUAACAAUAUUGUAACUAUGAUUCUUAGAAAAAAUCGAUUUAAUUGUCAAAUCUGGUAUUUAUUUAAAGAUUAAAUGAGAGAUAACAUUGAUGAUAUAAAUUAAACCAUAGAGAGUUAAAAGGCUCGUAUAGAUGCGUGUAUUGAAUACACGUAUAUAUUUUAAUAAGAUUAAAUGUGGUUCGUAGCGAUAUUUUUAAGUGACGCAAUAUUCAACGGUUUUUUAUUUAGCAAAAACAACAACAAAAGCAAAGAAAAAGAGAUAUACAUAUUUAUUUUUUGAACGCAUGCAAAGAUAUAUACGAGCCACUGAAUCGAUUCAUAACAUGGAAACCACGUAGCGUAUAAUUAUUGUGAGAAAUCGCAAAUAUCGAUUAUCGCACGUGCGACUGUGUCUAUAUGCACAUAUAUGUUUGCAAAAUAUUUUGUCGUUGUUCUUUUUUGGACGGACAUGUUUAAAAACUGAUAUAGAUGAACGUAUAGAUGAUAUACAAAAGAAGCUUGCAUAGAUCAAUACUGUGGAUUUAGAGAAUUACUAUUGAAAUCGUUUAGAGAAAGCGAUGUCAGUCCAAGUUAGAACAGUAAAAUAACAGCGUCAUGAUCUGCCAGAAUGAUAUUAUUAAACGCGAUCGAAUCAGCCAAAAAAAAAAAAA